CUGCAUACUCAACCAUCAGACAGCGGAAGAGCUGACGAGGGUCAGUGAGAGAUCUGAAGAAAUCCACUUGCCCAGACAAUCGCCAUCCAUCACUGAAGCUGAAGAAUAAAUUGAAGACAUUGUGGUGAUCUUCGGCCACCCAACACCCAUGAGAAAGAAGACCUAUCAACUCUAAUCUUCAAAGGAUUUAAUAACUACACCAUCUGAACCCCGACCAAAAUGAAGGCAUUCAGCAUUGCAGUUGCAGUGACACUCGUGCUCGCCUUUAUUUGCAUUCUGGAGAGCUCUGCCGUCCCCUUCGCUGGGCAGGUGCAGGAGCCGGAGGAGGCAGGGAGCAAUGACACUCCAGUUGUGGCACAUCAAGAGAUGUCAAUGGAAUCGUGGAUGAUGCCAAAUCACAUCAGGCAAAAGCGCCAGAGCCACCUCUCCCUGUGCCGCUGGUGCUGCAACUGCUGCAGAGGCAACAAGGGCUGCGGCUUCUGCUGCAAGUUCUGAAGACUCCCGCGAUGGCCACAUUAGAUUAAUUUAUUUAGCUUCAUUUGUCUAAAGACCCUUCCUUCAUCUCUUUCUCCGAUGCAUUCACAGCGCUGUAAACAUUUUUGUAGCAGUUUCAAGAGGUACGAAUCAAGGAACAGCACUGGCAAAUGAAUAGCCGUACUAUUUUAUAUUUAUUUUGUACGUUUUAACAUUUUCACCCCUUUUUUUGUAAGCUCAAUGAGAUGUAAAUUUCUUUUUAAGAACAAGUCAAAGGUGGCUGUUUUUUUCAUAUUCAUGUUUUUGGUCAAAUAAAUAAUGAACAUGUGAAGCAACUGAAA